AUGGCCGAGUAUCAGCAGUAUACAAAGAACCUGCCAAGGCUAUUACUUUGCUUCAAUUCUACACUGGCCGCCGUUGCCGCUCGUUUCGGCCCACUCCGCCGGGCUGGCUGUUGGUACAUGGAGACUCAAUCUACUAUACAUCUCCCUGGACGUGAGCCAUCAACACCUCUCUGUCAAGAUCCCACGCAGAGGUCUUUUAGUCCAACUUGGGUGUGA